AACCUCUCUCACUCAGGACAUGUCCUUCCAAAGGAAAGGCGUUCUGUUUCCAGCCCACACAGACCUAAACUUUUUCUCAUCACGUGCCUGGUCAGAGCCAGUCGGCAGCCCUGUAAUCCGAUCACCAGCGCCAGCCUCCAGACCCACCCAAGCUGAGCCAGGUGACAACAGGGUUAACCUGCAGAGCUGUAGCUACGCAGCAGCCACAAAACCCAGAAACACCUUGGACUGGACCUGCGGCUUGGAGACAGGCACGCUUGGGAACAACCCCUCUGCAGAGAUGACCGGAGACAUGCAAAGUCCAAGGGGCCAUGAGAAGUCCAACCAGCUCCUACAGGAGGGACACAUCUGGGGCUCCAUGAGGAAGACAGCUCUCAUCCUGGGCUCUGGGUUGCUCCUGUCAGUGGCCUUCUGGAACUCAGUCACAUGGCAUCUUCAAAGAUUUUGGGGAGCUUCCGGCUACUUUUGGCAGACCCAGUGGGAGAAACUGCUGUCUACAUUUGAAGGCAAUGAGUGGAUCCUGUUCAUUGCAGGUGUUGUCCUCGUGCCGGGGCUGUGCUUCUGGGGUUUCAACGGCCUUCUACUGCUGGUGGACACAACGGGAAAGCCCACCUUCAUCUCCCGCUACCGCAUCCAACUUGGCAAGAAUGAGCCGGUAGACCCCGUGAAGCUGCGUCAGUCUAUCCGCACAGUUAUCUUCAACCAGAGCGCCAUCUCUUUCCCCAUGCUGGCCAUCUAUUAUCCUUUCUUAAAGUGGAGGGGAGACCCCUGCUGUCGAGAGCUGCCUACCUUCCACUGGUUCCUGGUGGAGCUGGCCGUUUUCACCCUCGUGGAGGAAAUCUUGUUCUACUACACACAUCGGCUCUUUCACCACCCAAAGUUGUUCAAGAAAAUUCACAAGAAACAUCAUGAAUGGACAGCACCCAUUGGUGUGGUCUCAAUCUAUGCCGACCCUAUAGAACAUGUGGUUUCCAACAUGUUGCCAGUUAUGGUGGGUCCUCUGGUAAUGGGCUCUCAUUUGUCCUCCAUCACUGUGUGGUUUUCUUUGGCUCUCAUCGUUAGCACGCUCACCCACUGUGGCUACCACCUGCCCUUCAUGCCUUCGCCCGAGUUCCAUGACUACCACCAUCUCAAGUUCAACCAGUGCUAUGGGGUCCUGGGGGUGCUGGACCACCUGCAUGGGACUGAUGUCAUGUUUAAGCAGACCAAGGCUUAUGAGAGGCAUGUUGUGCUGCUGGGCUUCACCCCGCUCUCAGAAAGCAUCCCUGAUCCUCCAAAGAAGACAAGGAGUGCACUUGGACCAUCUGGCCUGUUCCCUCAUCAGUAGACAGCCUGGGGCCCAUGCUGCCCUUAACAAUUUGCUUUCCUUGGACACCAUACUCUAAAGCCACGAUAGGACCCGGGCUUCCCUGGAAUCAUUUCUCAUGUCACUUAGGACUUAGUGAAGAACUAUUUAGGCUGGAGGCCUGCCAGGGGAGACAAAUCACUGGGCCAAGAUGAAUUCCCCUAGUCUUCUGCUCCACUCCCCCAUACAACUCCCCUGUGCUCUAGGCUUGCCUGUUGGACUGGCUCCAAAGCCAGGGUACCCUGGGAUAGUCACAGGUCAGACGUGUUGGCGUGCUAGAUGUGGUCCCCGCUUCCCACCAAGAAAGCUUGGUUUACUUUUGCCAUCCAGACACAAGUUCCUUAGAAGGAACAAUGACAAACUACAGCUUUUUAUUAUGACAUGCACCCCAACACCUGUGACUUAAACCUGUGUGUAAAGUGGGCUCAGUCAGGUCCAGGGACUGUUCUUGUUAGGGCAGACCUAAGUCAGUUACUCUCUAACCCACACCAGUCUUCCACCCCAACAAUGAGCCUCAGAAAAUAUAACCAAAGGGCAGGCCAUGCUUUCCAGAUGGUAAAUAGGCUCAGGGAGUACUAUAGCAGGACAGUUUCUCUAAGAAAACACUACCAGGCCCCACCCUGGCAGCACAUGGUUAAGAAUCCUGAGACCUUAAGAACUUGGCAUCUAGGUUGGAUCUGGGAGGCUGCCAACAUUACCAUUUGCUAAAUUUUAGUCAAGGUUAGUCAAGAAAACCCUCCAUUGUAGUUUAUAUAAAAUAACAGCUGAGUACAGUAGUUUGCACUGUAGCCCCAACUGCUUGGGGUUUAGGUCCAGUUCAGAGUGGACAACAGUGCAAGACCUCAAGGUCUGAUCAGACAGCUGGCAAUUAAGCACCUUGCAGCCAGUCCCAGUCUCCCCUGACCGUGGUGACUUGUGCCCUUAGAUUUCAGGUACUAACCUACCCCCAACCCCAUCAUCAUCACUGGUUGGUAGCUAUUCCCUUCUAUAUAUGAACAGGAGAAAUGCUAUCUGCAGUAGUAUCAAGUCAGAAAGUCAUGGCCUGUCCCCAUAAGGAGCUACUACUGGUGAAUGCCUUAAUGUCUCUCCACACAAGCAUAGCAAAAGCAGCAUGUAAUAAAGCCUCCAUUUAACUCUA